AUGGAACGGCAAUCACCGCUGCACGCGUCCAGAGGCGACAACAUCAGCUCGCUGUCUACCCUACCAAACGAGAUCCUACUUCAAGUCUUCUCCUACGUCGACCUGCAUCGUUCUGCACGUGUCUUAGGUUACAUUCCAGAUGACCCUCCUCCAUGCCCCCCGGAUGAGUACCUCAUCUCCGAUUUUCGCGCUGGCUGUCGCUCGCUGCUUAGCAUCGCGUUAACGUGCAAGAGAUUCGCGAUUCUGGUUCGAGAAGUAUUGUUUUCUAUGCUUGUGCUUGAGGUCAGCUUUCCAGAAACGUUGGAUGAACUAUCAAGAUCAGAUAUAUUCGGCUUGAUCUGGAGAUUCCAAGCACGACCUGAAUGGAAACAACAUGUGAAGCAGCUGCGAAUAUGCAUGCCGCGAGGCGAGCGCGGUGUGCUGAAGUUGCAUGGUCCUGGGUCAGUAGAGCCUCACAUUGACUAUCGGAUCUAUGAGAAGGCGUGCGAGAUUGUCAACACGCUCGACCUUCCUGCUGAGUGGAAAACAGGGUGGUCUGCAGGAUUGGGGGUUUAUUUUGGAUACACCUCUGCCUCGGUGGUUUUAGCCCUACUACCAAAUGUUACAACGCUAUGCAUAUCGGACCCAAAUUCAAGUUUGACAGUCGGCGAAGCGAACGCCGACCAAGUUCCACAAUCUGGGAGCCUAUCAAUCGACAGACUGCCUUUAAGACUACCGGCAGCACCUGUGCUAUCCUACAUCAAAUUCGAAAGCCCCUUACCACCGAGUUUGAGUGGUUUGGACAAACUUGCCAACCUGCAUACUCUUGACUUGAGCAUCAAGCUUCAAGGAAGUAUACAUUCUAGAGUUCGCCAAGAUUCCGAGCGCUUUAACGAAAGGCGAUAUAAACAACCGUGGAUUCAACGCCUGCGUCUAGAUUUCGAAGUCAAGUCCGUCGGCGUAUGGAACACAACCUCCUGCAGGUGCAUGACCAACAUCCUCCGCGGCUUCCCCAAUCUGCGAACGCUAGAAUACUAUGCGGAGCCAUCAGAUUGCAAGAAUCCGUACAGAAGCGUCCGUGCUUUCCCCGCCUACCAGGCAAAUAUCCAAUACUACCCAGACGCAUACUCUGCUUUGGCGGAUGAUGUUUACGUGGACGAACAACACUGGGAUCGAGCGAUAUAUGAUGCGCGGACCGAAGUCACCGACUACCAGAACCUAGUAGACGGCAUGGUACACUUGCGUCCAACCCUCGAAACCUUGCAGUUACCAGGCGGAUUCUGGACGUUGCCAGGCGCGGUGCGCAAACCUCUGCCUCGAUUCGACCAGUUCUUGAAACUGAAGAAACUGAUUGUUCCACAAGCAGCGAUUAUAUCGAUCAAGCUCGACAACAUGCGUUUUGACGCCGUCUUCGAAGGUGACUUCGAACUUUCACCAAUGCAAGCUCUACCUACGUGUUUACAGCAUCUCAAAAUUUUCGAUGUUGACUUGGCGUUCUUGCAAAGCAAGUGGCUCCAAGACCUCUUUCGCGAGCAAGAAACAAACAAUCAAUGGCCAGUUUUACGGUGUGUAGAGGUCUUGAUGGGUCCUACGGUUACAAGGAGCAGAUUGGAGGAUCUGCAGGCUAGACGAAGCGGUGUCGACUUUUGGAAGUUGGCAGAUGAAGCGAACCUCGAGGUGAUCGUGGGGCGGGAUGAGGAGAGCCCUGACGUAUAA